AUGCCUCACAAUGGACUCACUCUGUUGUUCCUUGGUCAAACGGGUGCUGGGAAAAGUGAAACUGGAAACACCAUAUUGGGACGCCGAGCUUUUCGAGCACAUAGUGGAAUCACAACAUAUGAUGAGGUCCGCAUAGAAUCGUUUGAAUACAACGGACUUCAGUUGAAGUUAGUAGAUGGCCCGGGUUUUGAUAUGGAUAGAGUCCUUUUUCAACGGUUUAUUUCAAACAUUGGUGCAACUCUCGGUCAUGGAGUUGAUGUCUUUAUAGUUGUGUUAAAGUAUGGUAAUAGAUUUAAUAAGGAAAAUGCAGAUUGCGUUAUGUUAUUAAAAAAAAACUUUGGCUCGGACUUUUAUAGAAACUUUUGUGUUGUUUUGUUCACCAAUGGUGAUAAAUAUGAAGAUGAUCAUGAAGAGUGUUACGAAAAAAGCGAAUUAUUUGGGGAAUAUUGUUCUAAAUUAAGUGGAGGUGACAAAAAAUUGGUGGAUGAAUGUGCUGGCGCCGUAUUAUUUAACAACAAGACUAAAGACGUCAAUGUAAAGGAAAGACAAAUGGAAAGUCUUUUGUAUUUAAUAGCUAAA